UGCUAUGACGCCAUCUUGUCUUAUUUUUAGAACCGUAAGCGAGAAGUGGACGUUUUAAAGAAUAUCAAGAUAAAUAUACAGUUUUAGUAUGGAUAACUUUAAUGAUAAGUAUAUAAUAUAAUGGAUAGAAGUUUCAGUCUACUAUGCAUCAAGUAUCUAUCGAAUAAGCGUCACUUUUAUCAUUGUAAAAUCAUUUCUGAAAUCGGAUGAUUUUUUCAAAUUUCUGACUUGUUCCAACUUUCAAACAUGACUUUUUAGUUUUCAAACUAUAACAGAGAGUGGAUACUAUACAUUUUAUACCUAGACGCUAGAAUGCAUUUCAAAAUAACAAUGAAAGAAAUAACUGGACUUUUUGUGUGUGGAUUUAUUUUGUUAAAAAUCAUUGAUGCGGCACAAUACACAGACAAAUGGGCAGUAGAAAUAGAUGGAGGUGAAGAUGUUGCACGCAAGCUAGCACUUGACCAUGGAUUUAGAUACGUAGGACCAAUAAUGCCCGGAUUUUAUACUUUUCAACACAGAAGAGUUUUACGUCGAUCAACCAACCCCAGUAGCCAUCAUCAUCGAACUCUUAUAAAACAUCCUCAGGUCCACUGGCUGGAACAGCAGGUAGUUAAACGAAGAGUAAAGAGGGAUGUAUUUUUUAAUGACCCCAAGUGGCCAAAGCAGUGGUACCUGAAUCGUGCGCCAAGUGGAGGAUUAGAUAUGAACGUGCAAGGCGCUUGGGCCAUGGGGUACACUGGGAAGGGUAUCGUCGUCUCCAUACUUGAUGAUGGUAUUGAAAAAAAUCACCCUGACUUGGCAGAAAAUUAUGACCCAGGUGCCAGCUAUGACGUCAACAGCCAUGACCCAGAUCCGCAACCUAGAUACGACUACACCAAUGAAAACAGGCACGGAACUCGGUGUGCGGGUGAAGUUUCAGCGGCCAAAAAUAACGUUUGUACUGUUGGUGUAGCUUAUAAUGCAAAAAUAGGAGGUGUCCGUAUGUUGGAUGGUGAUGUCACAGAUUCAGUAGAAGCUGAAGCACUCAGCUUGAACCCGAACCAUAUUGAUAUCUACAGCGCUUCUUGGGGUCCGGAUGAUGACGGGAGAACUGUCGAUGGCCCUGCAGCUCUCGCCAGGAAGGCAUUCUCAGAUGGCGUAACUAAGGGUCGUGGAGGAAAGGGGUCCAUAUUUGUUUGGGCAUCGGGAAAUGGUGGUCGUGACGGAGAUUCAUGCAACUGCGACGGCUACACCAACAGUAUUUAUACACUGUCAAUCAGCAGUGCCUCUGAAAAGGGCAACAUUCCGUGGUAUUCAGAGGCCUGUAGUUCAACGCUUGCUUCUACAUAUAGUAGCGGGUCAGGCAGCGAGAAACAAAUAGUAACUACAGACCUUAGGAAGGAAUGUACAGAAACACAUACAGGGACUUCAGCCAGUGCUCCUCUAGCAGGGGGCAUUUGUGCCCUGGCCUUACAGGCAAACCCUGGCUUAACAUGGCGGGACAUGCAACAUAUUGUAGUGAUGACCGCACGUCCUGAGGGCCUGCACUCCACUGACUGGGUUACCAAUGGGGUGGGGCGUAAAGUGAGUCAUUCUUUUGGUUACGGUCUAAUGGACGCCUCUAAUAUGGUAGGGCUGGCGCUCAACUGGACAAAUGUGCCAGAACAGCAUAUAUGUGAGAUACCCAGUGGAGAUAAAAAUAAACAGAUUCCUGUAAAUGGGCGUCUGCGGGCGGCUGUGUCGAGUGACAGCUGUCAGGGGAGUCCCCAACACCACGUGCGAUAUCUGGAGCACGUCCAGGCACGUAUAACUUUGCAGUCAAAUCGUCGUGGAGAUCUCACAAUCUUCUUGACAUCACCCAUGGGGACUCGAGCCACCCUAUUGGCUAAGAGAGUCAGGGACACAUCCCGAGAAGGCUUCUCUAAUUGGGCGUUUAUGAGCACCCACACUUGGGGCGAAAACCCAGAUGGAACCUGGGAGCUGGAAAUAGAAAAUUCAGGCAGUACAUGUAAACGCCGAUCCUGGUCUUAUUCUUGCUACAACAACCCAUCUGAUACAGCUCAUUCAUCGGAGUUAAACAGCUGGACUCUGGUGCUCUAUGGAACGGAUCAAAUCCCUCUUUCAACCCCUCGUCCAACCACAACUCCCCCUACAACAACACCCACAACCUCACCUCCAACCACAUCCACUACUUCACCUUCAACCACUACUACCUUAAAGACCACUUCCACUCCGAAACCCACUACCCUGAAAUCCACGACCAUCACCCCAAAGACAGACCUUACCCCCAAGCCUACCCAAAAUACAACCCCCCUUGUCAAGAUUUCAACUGAGAAAUCAGUUACUUACAAAGUAGCGAGCGAACCUUCCGUGGUCACCAGUACACAGACGAGCCCCGUAGAAACACCUACAGCCAAGUUAAAGAAUUGGACUUUAGUGCUCUACGGCACAUCUACUCACCCACAGAGCUCUAGCACAGUAAAGACGAGCACAUCUUCGGUGCCAACAGAAAAACCACCAUAUAUAAACUGUGCGGGUAUGAACCUUAGUGAUGGAACCUGUAUAGAAUGUCUUUCCGGGAUGUUUCUCUACAAGAACAAAUGUUUAAUGAAGUGUCCAUCUGGUACAUUUGGAACAUUCAUCAUUGUCAAGGGAGGAAGUUUAGAAAAUAGAACAGUCGAAAUGGCUGUUUGUAAAGUUUGCCCAGAGGGGUGCAACCUAUGCAAAGGGAAUAACCCAACUGAUUGCUUAACAUGUAAAGAAGGUUACAAAAUGGAGAAAAAUGCAUGUAUUCAACAGUUAAUAAUGGGCUUCCUCGAUCCAAAGAUGAUCCCAAUGUACAGUAUUGCGCUGUUUUUCUGCAUCACAGCCAUUCUACUUUUCUUCAUUAUCUUCGGCUUGCUGCAUUUAAGGGUACACCAAAAGAUGUGCUUCGUGGAGAAGGAACCACGAAUUGAAGACAAAAAUGGGAAGGGGGGAUACGACGCAUUGACUGUAAAAUAUGAAAAUGGUGAUUCAAAACAUAACGGAGAUAAUCACCAUUUGUUAUUGUCAGAGUCUGAAUCUGAUUUAGAAUUUGAAACUGCAAUUAAACAAUGAUAUUAGGUGUGGUGAAAUUUUCAAUGUCCAUCAAUUUUUUUCAUUCAAGUAAAUCUUGUCACCUAUUGUCGAUAUAAUAAAUAAACAGUCUGGAUAAUAUGCCUUUACUAAUAAUUAUUUGUUAACAAUUCCUAAUAAAUCUUUCAGAAACCUCCCUUGUUUAAUAAUUCGUUUCUUCAAAUUCUUUCAAUUACACAAGUCCUAUUGCAAUUUUUAGAGUUUUUAGACUUGAAUAAAACAAAGAAGAACCUUUUUGACCUAAAACUCUACUAAUUUUUGACAAUAAUCAACUGUCGAUGGGAUGUCCAUAUGUGUUAUGGGUUACUCAUUAUAGAAAGUAUAUUAAAACUUCAAAUACACAAGUUUUAUUUGGACUCAAUUGACUUUAUCUUAUUUAAUGACUGGCUUUUAAUUUUACUUUUUUGGAUGGACAUUGAAAAUUUCAUUCCACACCAUCUCAAUUCAUGUACAUCAUAAAAAUACUAUAUUCUACAAAAUCAUGGAGACAAUUAUAAAUUAGCCAAUAGAGUAAUUAAAUUAUUUCAAUUCAAAGGUUACAAUUGUAAAAUUGCUGUCAAACUAACUUGUAUAUAGUUGGUUCAUAAGGACCCAAGCAGUAACAUGUGGACCAACAUUAUCUGGACCAUGAGUUAGUGGACCAACAAAAUCAGUAUUUCCUUAGUUUACAAUGUUGCUCGGGUCAUGUUGAUUUUUAGCAGUCUCUAAAGUUAAUAAUAUUCUACGUCUGCUCAUGCUUAUUGAACUCAUUUCUCUCUAAAAUUUGUAAAAGUGUUUGAUUUUCUUGCAUUUCUAUAUAAUUUAGAGUGUUAACUACAUG